CAGAAUAAAAGCUAAUGAGCCAGAAAAUCAAAUAAUUUGAUAUUUUGAUUCAAUUUGAAGCAUGGUUUUGUGAAACCAAGGCAAUGCAUGAGUAUUGGCAGAGGAGAUUCAAAGUCGCACUGCGACAAGUUCUUUCACCUCCAGUUCCUUACAGUGUGAACUCUUCCAUCUAAAAAUCGCGUAUUUGAAGUAGGAUAAACGCAGACCGUUUCUUUACCACCCAAUUCUCCCAACCGCUAUAAUUUUCCCUCUUCAUUUCCACACACACAAACUCAUCAUCCCUCGAAGCUGCGAUGGCCGUUCAUGCGGCCGCUGUAAUCUCCGCUGCUACGAAAAUCUCAUCUGCCGCCGUCGCCGAAAUCUCCCAUCAGCAGAGCCCCUUUCUCUCUCACUCCUUUUCUACUUCUUCUCUCAAGCUCACUUCAGCAAACGCCCAAUGCGACAAGAGGAGGUUCAUCACUGCAAAAGCUACCAAAUCGGACCCGAAGGUCGGCGUUGCGGUUUACAAGCCCAGAUCAUACCAAGUUCUCGUUUCUGAUGCCGCCAAUUGUCUUUUCUCUGCUCUGCAAGAUGGAAAAACACGCAUCGAGAUCGAUUUCCCUCCAUUGCCCACCAACAUUUCUUCGUAUAAGGGCUCAUCUGAUGAGUUCAGUGAUGCCAACAUUCAACUUGCAAUAGCUGUUAUCAAAAAUCUACAACAGAAGCAAGAAACAAGAGCAUGCAUUGUAUUUCCUGAUAAGCCAGAAAAGCGGAGAGCAUCAGAUCUUUUUAAAGCAGCUCUUGACUCGGUUGAUGGUGUAACUGUUGGAUCCUUGGAUGAUUUACCUAGCGGCCCGGUCACCUCAUUUUUUAAAUCCAUACUAGACACUUUGGAUUUCGACUUUAUUGAUGAAAAUGAAGAUCGUUGGCAACCUGACAAACCUCCAUCACUUUAUAUGUUCAUCAAUUGUAGCACUCGCGAUCUGUCCGAUGUAGAGAAAUACGUGGAAAAAUUCGCAUCUUCUGCCCCAGCAGUUCUCUUUAACCUGGAACUGGACACAUUGCGUGCUGAUCUGGGAAUUGUAGGAUUUCCCAGCAGAGACUUGCACUAUCGGUUUCUAUCUCAAUUCAUUCCCGUUUUCUACAUACGAAUUAGAGAAUAUUCAAAGACAGUUGCAGUGGCACCUUAUGUGGUGAACUACAGCGGAGCAUUGUUCCGUCAAUAUCCAGGACCAUGGCAAGUGAUGCUGAAGCAAGGAGACAAUUCGUACGCUUGUGUAGCAGAAAGCACGAGCCGUUUCACCCUCGGUGAAACUAAGGAAGAACUUCUGAGGGUCCUCGGACUCAAGGAAGAAGAAGGAAGCUCGCUCGAGUUCCUUCGAAGAGGCUACAAGACUGCUACUUGGUGGGAAGAAGGCGUAGAGGCAGAACUAUCGUCUGAAUGGCGUAGUUAAACAACUCCCCAUCGAUAAUAUGAGCCUAAUCAGAUUUGUUUUGCAAACAAAUGAUCGGAUUGAUUGUCAGGCGAAACGACGAAAGUAAUGAUAUCAUAUUAUACACGGAGAUGGCAAAGAGACUUAAGCAAGAAACGAGAAGACAAGGGAAACAGAUGUUGUCUCAAGAUUGAUAUCAGCUCUCUCCCAACCUGAUAUCUUAGUGGAGUUCUGUUUUUUGGUUUCGUUUUUGUGAAAUGAAUGGAUGCAUAUACAUUGCCUAUAAUUUAUAAUCUACUAUUACAAUUUACAAUGUAAGAGUCUUACUCUUUGCAUAACUGGAUUAUUUGCCUAUUAUUUCCUUUUUAUAUACAUAAUCUAUGGGCAAAAGUACAUUUCCUCUUCAA